AUGUUUGAUGGUCAAGAUGUGCAGCGUAUCGCUUCCUCCUUCGCCUGCUAUGUCAAAAGCAGUACAGAUGAUAGUACGCCGAGCAUGCCUCUCUACAAAUAUAGCACACUUUCUUCCCACCGUCAAUGCACAAGGAGCGAGCCUUUCGCCGCUCUUCAACCAUUACCGUGCCUCGAUGACAUUCACAUGGCGGAAGUAUUUAAAGGAAUCGUCAUCCAUACCGACACGCUGCCUGUGAUGAGUAGUAACGAUGGCGCGACACCGGAGCUUCUAAAUCCUUUCACGCCCAUGGCAUUCCUACCACCGGACACUGCGUACCAAGUGACAAUUGCUAUUUACGUGCUAGUUGGGUCUCUCGCGGUCCUCAUAUGGGAUAUCGUCACAAACCUCUAUAACGACUACAAGAUGAUUACGCAAUGUCGCAUGAACAUAUCCUGCAUUGUGUACUUUCUAUCAAGAUGGAGCUGUCUGGCCUACCUCACAGGACUUACAAUCCUUGAAACGGCACCUGUCGGACACUGCGACAACAUUCGACUUGUUCAAUCUAUCUAUCCUAUCGCCAUACCCAUGACUUCCUUACUCUUUUUCUUCCGCGUCGUCGCAAUGUACGAGUGGAACAAGUACAUCGUCGCCUUCUUCUCGCUAUCCUGGCUGGCGGUGGUCGGGGGAUGCCUGACGCCGACCCAAGGUAUAUCUGGUUCUAACAUUGGAAACACAGCCUACUGCAUCAACUCUCGUCUGGAACCAUACGUUUCGGCGGCCGCAAUCGUUCCAUUCGUCAACGACACGCUUAUUUUUAUCGCGACGACUAUGCGGCUCAUGCAGAACACCUAUGUGGAUACCAAUAUAAAAAAUGGGCUAAAGGUGAUGCUCUUUGGAAAGUACCUACCCGCAUUUUCGAAGGCCGUCCUGCAAGAUGGCCAAGCUUACUAUCUGACGACAAUAAGCCUCAACCUUGUCACCGCUAUCAUGUUCUACAAUACCUCCAUCCCCAUCGUAUACAGAUCAUUCAUCGGGGUGCCCAACAUCGUUCUGAUGAAUGCCAUGGCCUGCCACGUCUACCGCAAAAUUCGAUUCGGCGUGUAUAGAGAAACGACGGUUCUUUCGACGCACGAAUUGCCUCUUGCCUCAGACACCACGAGAGGUCAAUCGUCUGGCAUAGCCUUCGGCCGAAAUUCUGCGCUGUCCACUAUUCCAAGCUGUAGAAUUGGAGGUGCGCAGGACGCAAAGUUGGUUGUCGAUGUGUUGGAACUUGGGAGGGUCGGGAGAAGUCUUUCCAUAGACGACGAGUCCGCUAGAGGCCUCGAUAAAUCGGUGAGGACUGGGUCUUCGACGCUAGUGACACCAGUAUGA